AAAAUUUUGUUUCGCAUCCUCAGCAGAAUGCCACCUGUAGAACGUUACCGGCAAACGAAGAAGCGGCAGGUGGGCCCUUCCAAGAGGCGACCGGAGGUAGCACCCGAAUCAGGGCCGUGUGAUCCAUAUUAUGAAUGUCACUCCGAUAGUGACCGAGAACUGAGCCCUGCCGACCUGAAGGCCGAUCGUGAGAAGUUCGACAGUGCUACGGAAGAGUAGCGUCAAACGGUGGCAUACGUCGUGCGCCAAAUCUUCCAAUGAAGCCCGCAGGUUGGGUCAGCACAAAUGCUGCAGCAGGUCCUCUGCACAUUGGGCCCGUUUUUUCUGGGCAUGCCAAAAGACCCACGAACGGUGUUCCAAGAAGCGGGGGAGAUCAAACCCACAGAUGUCCUACAUGUUUCUGGUGAAGUGGUUGGGUCAUUCUGGCAUCGGGGUUUAGAAGCAGGAAUUCGAGCACAAUCGCCAUUAACCAUUGGCAUCGAAGCGUUACAGUACUAUCUCCACGUCGCUAAGGUCCCAUUGCCACAGCUUGCACACCCCGGUCUCCAAACAUGGGUAAUACAGGGACAGUUAUUAGAAGCUACCGGGGAACCGGGGGAACCUUUUGUUGUUAGUGUCUAUUGCGGUAGCGUAAAACCGACCGCACCGGUUCUCCUCGGCCCCGUGUGCAACGAAGCAAACCAGUUACGUCAACACGCACGGGAUUCGCAAACUGCAGACAUUAGAACACGAGCCGUGCUUGCCGAUGCUGAGGCACGUGCGCUCGUGAAAGGUAGGAUUCCAAUAUUGGUCGACAUCGUAUUGUCGGACAUCAAUACGACGAAACCCACCGCAAACCCACACCCACGCGACGUGCGACUUCUUUGGAGCUGCUGGACAUAAAUGUGAUAACGGAUGUCUGUGUGGCAGCCGAUCGGCAUCUGCUCCAUUUAGGAGCAGCUAAGAAUUUUUUUAAAACCUUUACGUUGGGUCUACAUGAUGCCAAGGAGAUGCCUGAAGAUGCCUUACGUUACUUGCACUACACACUCUGUAAGGUAUGGUUCCCACACGAAAGGGUACACAAGCAAUUUACGAGGCACAUUAGCAUGUGGCCGCCAUCAAUGUGGGCGUACUUCAUGGACGUUGUGGGGUGCGUAGUACUGAAGCCCGUGCUACAGCCUGAAGACUAUGCCCUAUAUUGCUGGUUGCAUUUUGCCGUUGCAAUAUGCAACCACAAACGGUACACACAUUUGCUUGGUUAUGCACGAGCAUUACUCCAAAACUUCGUCACAAAAUACUACGAGAGAGUAGGGUUCGUUCCUUGUGAUAUACAUUACCUGCUCCACGUCGUGGAUGAGAUGCAAGGUUUUGCAAAUUACUUUUAGCGAAGACCUAGAAGAAUAUCGUGUGGCAGAUAUGAUAUCUAAACUUUGUGUAGUGGACCUCGAGAAAUACACAUCGUUUGUCCCGUUGUUCGAGUCAUCGCCAGAGUGCUAGUCUGGCAGGGACAAGGAGGCUACGGUAAUCCGGCCGGGUUCAAUUACCCGGAGCACAGAACACUUUGCCACUUGCUGACCAGAUCUAAGCAUUUAAACAGAAAGAAACAAACGUUGCACGCAAAACAACUGCAGCAACGUACAGGAACUAUAUAAUUGAAUUAUGUUAGACAAAUUCUGCGAUGUAACCUGCAGCGGACGGGAUAAGCCAGGGAAAGGCUCUAGACUGGUAACUGGUGUUGGGCGAUAAUAAAUCCCUUCCACUAAAACUAAGUUCGCGAGUAGUUUACUAUCGUUGACAUCACAACUUCACUACUGCUUAUGAAGCGUACAUAAAACA